AGUAAACAAAAUGACGCUCAUUACCUUAACCACCAAGACAGACGCUGAGAACAAAGAAAAAGACCUGCCAUGGACGCACAGACUGACAUAUCUAACUGGGUGGCUAGUAUUCCCAAGAUUACUCGAUGGUGGUUCUUUUCUUUCUUCAUUCUCCCUCUCACCACUCGGCUGGGGCUAUUGAACCCCAUGACACUGGUCAUGUUCCCGGACCUUGCUCUGGGUCAAUUCCAGAUUUGGCGCUUUGUGACUAGUCUCCUAUGGUACAAGGUCAGCUUUCAUUGGCUCAUUCUCCUCUACUAUCUCUAUAGCUACUCUCAGCGGCUCGAAACAGGUUACUUCAGUGGAGCGCCAGCUGACUAUGUGUUCAUGCUCCUCUUCAACGCCAUCUGUAUCAACAUCAUUGGUAUAUUCCUGGGCACCCCGGUACUUAGCUCAGCUCUCAUCUUUUCCACCCUCUACAUUUGGUGUCAGAUCAACAAAGAGUCAAUUGUCCAGUUUUGGUUCGGUAUUCAGAUCAAGGCAAUGUACUUUCCAUGGCUGCUCUGUUUCUUCUUUUUCAUACUAGGAGCCGACUGGAUGGCACUCUUAAUAGGCAUUGUGGUCGGCCAUCUUUAUUUCUUCCUCACAAUGCGAUACCCCCAAGAGUUCGGAGGUCGACGUCUCAUCUCCACCCCUCAGUUUAUGUAUAACUGGUUACCCAAUGAAGGCGGUCGAACGGCAGGGUUCGGAGUGCCCCCUGCCCCAACGAGGAGGAACCCUGGCAACAAUGAUAGGCGUGGCCACAAUUGGGGCGGUGGAGCAAGACUAGGGGACUGACCAUCUAAUUAAUGCUAGGCUCAAUCAAGUAUAUAUUAUAUUCCGUGUUUAUAUCAUUUGUUACACGCGAUCUUAUUAAUUUUUUGAUAAUGAAUUGUGUGAACUCAA